GCAAUCCAUGUGAGCAGCCAUUUCCUCCUGAUUCGAACAAUCUACAACAAAAAAAAUUGACAAAAUUCUAAGAACUAUCAAACCACAUACAACUGCUGGAUCCUCUCCCUGCAACAAAAAUUGGACAAAAUUCCCAGGAAGCUCAAAAAAAUGGUGUACGGACAUGUACGUGCAUGCACUCGGACCUCUGUGAAAUGAAUGAACGGACACAGUAGGAGUUAUCCAGUUAGUGAAACGGAAAUGACAACACCCACUUGCAUGAAAACAAACACUGUAACAAUCUCGUGAGAAUUCAUUGAGAUUAUCGUGGCCAAAAAGGCAAGCGCCUCGAAUUCGAAGGAUCUCGUGAACAAAUUCCUAUCAUGGAUCCAAUUAUAAAGCGAUGCGCCACCACAAUCCCAAAUCGUCAACAAUUUCGCCGCCGAAACAGAGAAAAAAAGCAAAGAAAAGGCUGGGAGGAGCAGCGGGAGGGAGAAGUAAACAGGGCUGAAAAAAUUCAGCAGAAUGGAGGAAAAAACAAUAGAUAUUAGUGUUAAUGAGCACAGGGUGGGAGAAGAAAACAGGGAUAAUUUUUUUAGCAGAAUGGGCGAAGAAACAAUAGAUAUUAGUGUUAAUGGGCACCGGGCGGGAGAAGAAAAGGGGGCUGAAAAAUGUUGCAGAAUGGACGGAAAAACAAUAGAUAUUAGUAUUAAUGGGCAGAGCAAAGGAAAACAAAAGCAAACAGAAUCGGGCAUCGAGCUUGUUCUGCUGGCAGAGAAAACAAUAGAUAUUAGUGUUACUGAGCAUAGCAUUGACCAGGGAUGUGCCUCUGCGUCUACCUCACAACCUGAAAUGAGCAUUACAGAGAGCUCAAAAGAGGUCAUGGAUGCCCUAAGAAGAACAGUGACCCAGAAAGCAUUUUCAUACUCUGCCCAUCUGGCAAAUCUUCUUCCCACUGGCACCCUUCUGGCCUUUCAAGUUCUGCUACCCAUUUUUUCCAAUGAUGGGGAUUGCAACGAUGGGAGACGCUACAUGACAGCAGGGCUCCUUAUAGGGAUUGGUCUUGCCUGUUUCAUGGUGUCUUUUACAGACAGUUUUAAGGGCUCUGAUGGAAAAAUCUACUAUGGCUUGACCACUCCUAAAGGCUUAUGGACCUUCCAGUAUGUCACUGUGGCGGUACCUGAUUCUGGCCAGUAUAAGCUUAGUGUUGUGGAUUUUGUUCAUGCAAUUAUGUCUCUCUUGGUGUUUAUUACAGUUGCUCUGUUUAAUGAGAAUGUGGUGAAGUGUUUUUGGCCUCACCAGAAUGAGGAUGCCAAGCAGGUUCUGCGUACUCUUCCCAUUGGCAUUGGAUUUUUUGCCAGUGUGCUCUUUGUUGUAUUUCCCACUACCCGCCAUGGAAUUGGAUACCCUGUCACAACCUAGUUUUUGUCUUUCUUGGUUUUGAUCUCUGUUAGUGGGAAUGGAUGGAUUCAGGUACUGGUUUAAGUCAGUAGAUUGUUUAUAUUUGAAGUGGGAUUAUGCCCAUUUCUAUCAGUAGGAAUGGAUGGAUUCAGGUACUGGUUUAAGUCAGUGGUUUGUUUCUAUUUGCAGUGGGAUUAUACCCAUUACAGACCUGGUUUUUUUAGGGUGGAUUGUACCCCUUACAAGCCCGGGGUAUUAGUUUAUAUUUGAGAUGGAUCAUAUAGCUUUUUCAAGCUUGGGGUAUUUGUCCCCACUAUACAGUAGAUGUUUUUGGGCAAAGAACUCCACCUCACUUUCUCAGAGCUUUAAUUGGAUGAGAAUGGAGUUGGAUUUUAA